GCAGUGACGAUUGUUUACACGAUGGCGUCCGGCGGUGAAAACGCGACCGAGGAACGGACGGAGGCGUCAACGCCGGCUCAACCCGUUGCCAAUGCCGUAUCCGAGACGACCCACAAAGUGAUAGGGAUGGAUAAGGAUGGUGAAUUGUCUGGUGUACCAGCAAAGAAACCUCGUGUCGAAGUGCAAUCUCUUCCAACCAGACAGUAUUUAGAUCAGACCGUAGUACCGAUAUUGCUUCAAGCAUUGUCAUGUCUGGCCAAAGAGAGACCCGCCGAUCCUAUAAGUUUCCUCGCCGGUUAUUUAUUGAGAAACAAGAAUCAGUACGACAGCGGCGGUUCGCCGCCGACUAGUCAAUGAAUGCUUCCUCGUCUGUGCGUGCCCGUUUUAUGGAAAUUCGAUGAACAUUUCUUCGUAAGAAAUCUUUUUUGAUUUUUUAAAUACAUAUUUAUGAUAAACAUAUAUACUUUUGUAUUUUCGUAUAUGAAAUAAAAAAUAUGUUAGCUUUUUACUGUAGGGAUGACAACGAUGCAUAGAUGUACGAAAUAUCUGGAUGGAGCAUAUUGCUAUGGGGUUGAAGUUCAAGGGGAAAGAAUAGUAAAAUCAUCAAGAUGACAAUGACGGAGUGGAAAAAAACGGGGCGCAUUAUAUUACACUACUUGACUUAUCUACAAUGUCGUCGUGUUUAAUGUUGUUCAGUUAAAGGUGUCUUGUUUGAUCACAUUGCGACCACAGUCACUUAUAGCGAUCAAUGCUUGGAGUAUUUCCACUGUUGUGUUGGACAGACACUAGAAAGUUUUAUAUUAAAUUAUUCAAUUAGCGAUAUGGACACUGUGCCUCAGUUCAGGCUGCAGAUCAAUCAGUUAUGAAACAAUGUACUAUUAUGCUUCCUAUAAAUAUAUAUAUAUAUAUGCUUCCUAUAAAUUGCCAAAACUAAAUCGAGUCACUACACAUACAACUGUCCUACGAUUAGAAACAAUAUUAUGAUCGCUCUUACGAUUUUAAACGAACUGCAUUGUAGACUACGUUUUACACAACUGUUCACAAACACGACGCUAUGUGUCUCUGACAGAACAAUCAAGAUCGAUUUUUUCCACAAUCUCUCAAGCUUCACUCUCUUGGCCUAAAAGGGUAUUUUACACUCCAUCCAGGUAUCUCAUACGUCCAUGUUUUAGCGAGAUAAAAUUGUUCUGAGUAAUGUUAAUUAGUCUUGAAUUAAAAACAAUUUUUAAUAUUGAAAUUAUUUUAAAAAAUAUCGUUUUCUCUGUACGAAAAAGUAAUGUUAAAAAUUAGUUUUAAUUACGAUAUCAUUUUCAAAUUGAAAUAUUUGUUAGAAAAAAAAAUCGGUCUAAUUUUUCUAUAUGCAAGCGUUUAAAUAAAGAAAAAUGAAGAAAUCAAA